CAGCCGGAGGAGGAGGGAGAAUGAAGGAGUGGAGAGGAAAAAAAAAACUGUCAAGAAUUUUAUAAAAGUAAGUGAUUAGAAGGACCCGGUCUCUUUGCCUGCAACCACCUCACCAGAGGCUUGUAGCAGCAGAGGCCCUGUCCACAAAAAAAUAAGUCAAGAUGACCCACCAAUUCCCAGCACUUUCUGCAGAGCAGAAGAAAGCUCUUUCAGAUAUUGCUCAGCGGAUUGUGGCUUCAGGAAAGGGGAUCCUGGCUGCAGAUGAAUCAGUGGGUACCAUGGGGAACAGGCUGCAGAGGAUCAAUGUGGAGAACACGGAGGAGAAUCGCCGGGCUUUUCGAGAGAUCCUCUUCACUUCAGAUGCCUCCAUCAACCAGAGCAUCGGGGGAGUGAUCCUCUUCCAUGAGACACUCUAUCAGAAAGACAGCACUGGAAAGCCAUUUACAGCUCUCAUCAAAGAAAAAGGCAUUGUGGUGGGAAUAAAGCUGGAUAAAGGAACAGCACCCCUAGCAGGCACAAAUGGAGAAACCACCAUCCAAGGGCUUGAUGGACUGUCUGAGCGCUGUGCCCAGUACAAGAAAGAUGGUGUUGACUUUGGCAAGUGGCGUGCAGUGCUGAGAAUCACCAGCACAACACCCUCUCAACUUGCCAUCCAAGAGAAUGCCAAUGCAUUGGCACGCUAUGCCAGCAUCUGCCAGCAGAACGGCUUGGUGCCCAUUGUGGAGCCAGAAAUCUUGCCUGAUGGAGACCAUGAUCUCCAGCGCUGCCAGUAUGUCACAGAAAAGGUCCUGGCUGCUGUCUACAAGGCCUUGAAUGACCACCAUGUCUACUUGGAAGGCACACUGCUGAAACCCAACAUGGUGAUGGCUGGGCACUCCUGCCCCAAGAAGUACACCCCUCAGGAUGUGGCUGUUGCAACUGUCACUACUCUCCUCCGUACUGUUCCUGCUGCUGUUCCUGGAAUCUGCUUCCUGUCUGGAGGCCAGAGUGAAGAGGAGGCUUCUGUCAACCUGAAUGCCAUGAACCAGUUGUCUCUGCCUAAGCCCUGGAAACUGACCUUCUCGUACGGGAGAGCCCUGCAGGCCUCUGCCCUGGCAGCAUGGGUGGGCAAAAGCGAGAACAAGAAGGCUGCACAGGAGGCCUUCCGCAAGCGGGCACAGAUUAACAGUUUGGCUUGCAGAGGGCAGUAUGUCGUGUCUGGGAAGACUGAUGCAGCUGCCACGCAGUCACUUUUCACUGCCAGCUACACCUACUGAGAGUGCAGGAGCCUUCUGUCAUCCUGUCCCUCUUUGCAAGGCGCAAGAUGUUAGGAAAUUAAACAAAAACCAAAGAAAUAUAAUUUCCCUUACGCUAAACAAAACUGGGGAUAAAAUGGAUUACCUUCCUCUUCACCCUCCACUCCCACAAUUUACCAAGGCAGUAUUCUUGUUUCAUCUGCCAAUUCCAAAUAAGGGGAUUUCUUUCUACACAACAAUCAACAGCUGCCUACGAAUCAUGAACCCGUUCUAUCUCUGGUUUAAACUUAGCUCCUAGAAUAGAAGACAGAAUAAGUAGUUCCCUAGCAAUCCAAAUACAUACCCUUUCUUGCCCAUUACCACGUUUUGCAGCCAAAAUCCUCAAUUACAAAACCCGACUGUGACUUCAAUCGUGGGAAUAAAACAGUAAUUGAAAAUGAA